AUGGCGCGGAACUGCCUCAGGAGACGGGCCUUUGGCGCUGUCUGCGACCUGACUGUUCAAGAUGUAAUUUUUCUCUUUUUCCCCUGCACGUGGACAGUGAGCCCGAGGACGAUACCCAUGUACUGGAGCCUCAUAUCUGCUUUGCCCGCUUCCGUUAUGGCGUUUAACUACUACGUAUUUCAGCGCGCAGCAAUUAUUCAGAACGGGUUAUCGCGGUUCACGAUUGGAGAGUUGUCCCAGGUGAUGCGUUUAUUCGGUCUGUUGGUUGUCUGCACCUUCUUGAUCCUGGCCGUUGUCAGCGGGGUGCAGUUCUCGCAGUGUACGACCUGCAGCCACGACUGUUUUUCGGAGAAUGCGUUUUGGUGUUUGGUGACGAUGCUAUGGUUGUUAUGGAUGGCUUGCUGUUCUCCCUCUCCUCGUCAACUAGCCAAGCUCGCAUACACGCAUGAGACUAUAGCGAGCCUAGCAGCUGCAGCAGACGGCCGCGUGCUAGGCCGUGUAGCGAUGGGCGACGACGCUACCUUCAUGCCCGCAGACAUACCGGCAGCUAGCGCAGACAACUUCCUGCGAGCAGGAGUACACCCGGACCUUGUCGCGCAUGGCAAAGUAGCACCGGCAAAAACUGCAGAUUAA